AUGAUCGAAAAAACUGUGGUUCGAAGACUAUUUCUCGCUGGUCGAGCUCCUCUUCAAAGCACUGUUUUCGCAACUGCUGCACGUUAUGGCCGACCGCAACCAUUGCAACGAUAUUAUUCAUCGUUGCCAAGUGUUACCCAGGUCUCUUUCUGGGAGUCUAUGAUCCCAAAGCCUCUGCGCCGAAGCAACAGGCUCAAAACCAAGAAGCCGAAGUCGGCCGAGUGGAACCCAGCGACAUUCUUCAUUGCCAUUCUAUUGCUCAUCGGGUCUAUGUCCAUUCAAAUGAUAGCACUACGAAAUGAGUUCGCAACGUUUAUAAGACGAGCCGACGCCAAAAUCGACUUACUUCGGGAAGUUAUUGAGAAGGUUCAAAGCGGCGAAGAGGUUGAUGUGGAAGGGCUUCUUGGCGCUGGAAAUCUCGAGAAGGAACAAGAAUGGGAAGAAGUCUUGAAAGAGAUCGAGAAGGAAGAUGAACAGUGGACGGAAGCACGCAGAACGAAGCCAAGACGACGUUCACCACAGGCAGUCGAGAGUGCCAAAAUAGAGACCGCCGGCGCUUCCGAUGACACUCCGAGGCCAAAGCAAACAUCCAAUGCACCGCGUGGAUUCUACUGA